AUGAUUGGCGAAUCGAAAGCCAUAGCGAUGCGGCGUCUUAGCUGGUUGGACAAGCGACUGCAGAAGAAUGAAGAACUGAAGAUUCAGUACCAUGCGUUUAUGAACGAGUAUAUUAGCCUGGGUCACAUGGUUCCCGUUCCCGAUGAUGAUCAAGCUACUUCUAUCAGAUGUUACCUUCCGCACCAUCCCGUGAUAAAACAAUCAAGUUCAACGACCAAGGAUCGCGUCGUGUUCGAUGGAUCAGCGAAAACUAGCUCCGGGCACUCACUAAACGAUGCGUUGUUAGUUGGGCCAGUCGUGCAGGACGACAUUCUCAACAUACAUCUUCGUUUUCGCAUGUUUAUGAUCGCCUUAGUGGCAGAUGCGGAGAAAAUGUACCGGCAGGUAAUUAUGCAUCCUGAUGACCGCUCCUUGCAAAGGAUUUUGUGGCCACCUGGCAGUAGCGGAUCUGUGAAGACUUAUGAGUUACGCACUGUUACGUAUGGUCUCGCACCAUCUUCGUUCCUCGCUACGAGAACCCUGUUACAGUUAGCUGAAGAUAAUGGAAAUGAUUACCCGAGAGCAGGCAACGCUCUGAAGAAAAAUGUUUACGUUGACGACUUCAUCAGCGGUGACGACACAAUCGAAGGAGCAAUUCUAUUGCAUACAGAGUUAACGGAGAUUUUGCAGAAAGGCGGAUUCCGACUGUGGAAGUGGUGCCCGAUUUCGCUUCCGGUUUUGGCUGGUCUUCCUCCUGAGCUCCUUGGAACUGAAUCAUCUGUUAAGUUCGGACCCGAUGAAACCAUCAAAACUCUCGGCAUAAGUUGGGAACCUGAGGCAGACGUUUCCAAAAUUGAAACAUCAAUCAUCAUCGAAAAUCAGGCACCUACGAAGCGCAACAUCCUGUCUGCAAUUGCUCAAUUAUUCGACCCUCUCGGAUUUAUUUCUCCCGUCAUUGUACAAGCAAAAAUUCUUAUGCAAUAUCUGUGGCUGCUAGCCCUGGAGUGGGAUACGGAAGUUCCUCCAGAAAUACAUCAGCAGUGGAUUCGAUUCGCCGAGCUGUGGUAA